AGUGCAGCGGCUUCUGGGCGUCGAUCUUAGUGGCUGCCGGAAUCCGGAAAUAACAUUCGGGGCCAAGAUGGCGGCAGCAGCGCUGGGCUGCGUUGCUAAGAGACCCCCGGCCGCCUGGAGAACUCUGGCAAAAAGCAGCAUGGAAUCACUGACUUGGACAGGAUGGAUUCGCCAUAAAUUUACUAAGUCAAGAAUUCCAGCUUCAGUAUUUCAGCCACGGCCUUCAGAUCAUGAAAAAUACGGAGGUGAUCCUCAGCAGCCUCACAAACUGCAUCUUGUCACUAGAAUCAAAAGUGGAAUAGGUCGUCCAUAUUGGGAAAAGAAGAUAAUACAUGAUCUUGGACUGGAUAAAGCAAAUCAGCCCAGAGUGCACAAAAAUAUCCCAUCUGUGAAUGGAAAACUGAAAGUCAUAAAGCAUCUAAUAAGAAUUCAGCCCCUGAAACUGCCUCAUGGAAUUCCCACAGAAGAGGAAAUGCCAGAUACCUUACUUAAGAGCACAGGAGAAUUAGUAAUUCGGCGGCAUCUGAAAUGCGUGGAACAAAAAGCAAUUAAAUCGUAGUAUGCACUGACUAUUCUCACUUUUGUAAAAUUAUUUAACCAAUAAAUUGGGAGUUGUGUCUACAGUAACUCCUCACUUAAA